CUAGCAUCCCUUUAAUCUCAACCCCAUUUCCUAUCGAUUUAUCCCAACCAACCUUGGCUUCAAAUACCAAUAAAUUAUCGAUAAACCAAUAUGUUCGGUUUUUCAAGUCAAAAGGAAAUUUUGAAAACUUAGUUUGUCAAAAAUCCCUGGUCUGAAUCUCACGUUGAAAACGAAAACCUAACCUAAAAUGUUUUGCAAAUCCCACCUUGCGGCUGCCUCAGGUGUCCUGCUGUUUCUCCUGGCCGCAGCAUUGGCAGAGCCACCACCACCAACAACACCAGAGCAGACAGACCUGCUGCAGCCUGCUGGCCAGCUCAUUAACCUGGACGAGGACAAUUGGCACCUGAUGCUCCAGGGCGAGUGGAUGAUCGGAUUCUUUGCUCCAUGGUGUGCGGCCUGCAAGGAUAUGGCUGCCCAAUGGAGGCAAUUUGCUCACGUGGCCAUUGGUGUCAACGUUCAGGUGGCCAAAGUGGAUGUCAGUACCUCACCUUCGCUUGCCGCUCGCUUCUUGGUCACCACUUUGCCCACGAUCUAUCAUGUCAAGGAUUACGAGUUCCGGCAGUAUCGCGGUGGAAGAUACGAGGCUGCUCUGCUCCACUUUGUGAAGAAGGAGCUGUGGAAGAGCAUCGAACCGGUGGCUACCUGGAGGAAACCCAACACCUUUCACAUGUCCAUUUUGUUCUAUUUGAGUAAGCUGUCCCACAUAGUGAAUGGCUUUAUGGGGCGCCUGCAGGAGCACGGUCUGCCCAUAUGGGGAUCCUAUAGCGUUAUAGUCAUGGCCACCAUAUUCGUGGGAAUGAGUCUGCGCCUGCUUGGGGAGUUUAUAUAUCCACCCAUAAAUUCACUGCGAAAGAGGUUAUCCGGGACACAAGUGAAUCUUGUCAAGGAAUUGGAGGAUAUGGAAACUGAGGAGAUGGAGGAUGAUGGUAAAGCCGAUGAGAAGGAUCAAAAUGAUCAGCAGGAUAGCGAGGAGGAAGGGGAAGCGGAGGAGGAAGGGGAAGCGGAGGAGGAGGAGGACGAG